CACUGUUUAAGGAGACACCCAGCUAUACACACACAGCCAUAGGAGCUCUUCCUGCUGAUCAUAUUGCCUGGAAAUUCUUGUGAUCCCCCCAUACUUUCUCUGGGAGACUGGACCUUCUACACACAGGGCUGGGAGCUGGCUGAACCCCCUGCAAACCUCCUGUCAGAGAUCUGUGGAUUUUCUAAUGUAAUACUAGGAAACAAAAGCAGCCUGAUACAAAAGGAGACUAUCCCCACCUCCUUUUUUUUUUAAACAGCCACCAUCCUCCUACCCUCCCCCCCCUUGCACAAGAAGUAAUCCUGGGAGCCUUGCACAUGCUUGGGACAUUUCUCAGUGAACUGGAUCUUGAUUUCAGGCCAUGAAAGGAAUCCACUCUGAGGAGUCUCAAUGCUGAGCCACCGAAGUCCGCGGGUUUUCAAGAAUACUCCAUGCAGUUCCCCCACAACAUGUCCAGUGGUUCCUAGGAUAGACCCAAAUCACCGACCACCACCUCACUGUCCUCAUCAUCUGACAUCGUGGUUUUUCUUAUGAGAGGGGUCGAGCCAGCCUAUCAAAAUAGAGUCCCUCAAGGUGAAAGUUGACUUUCUGAAGGUGCCUUUUGGCCUGAAGAAGCCAGUGCUGAAGGAAGCAGCAGCUGUUUUGGCUUCAGUUCCUGGGUCUGGGAAACCAAAAUCUAUAACCGUGGAUCGCCACAAAGGCCGUUAUUCUGAAAACAUGGACAACGAGUCCCAGUACUCGGGCUAUUCCUAUAAAUCAGGGCACUCAAGGAGCUCCCGUAAACACAGAGAUAGGAGAGAACGGCAUCGCUCCAAAAGCAGAGAAGGAAGUCGUGCAGAUAAGUCUGUAACUAUACAAGCCCCCGGAGAACCCUUAUUGGAUAAUGAGUCCACAAGAGGCGAAGAAAGGGAUGAUAACUGGGGAGAAACUACCACAGUCGUCACUGGUACAUCUGAGCACAGCAUCUCUCAUGAUGACAUCACACGCAUUACAAAAGACAUGGAAGACAGUGCCAAGCUGGACUGCUCUCGGCACCUUGGGGUCAUUAUCGGUGGGGCACUGGCUCUCCUCUCCUUCCUGACACCCAUUGCCUUUAUGUUGCUGCCUCAAAUAAUGUGGUCAGAUCUGGAAACUUGUGGGACAGCCUGUGAGGGUCUUUUUAUCUCUGUGGCCUUCAAACUCCUCAUCCUCCUUUUGGGCAGCUGGGCACUGUUUUUCCGCAGGCCAAAAGCCUUUUUCCCACGGGUGUUUGUCUUCCGAGCACUGCUUAUGGUGCUGAUAUUUUUGCUGGUGGUAUCUUACUGGCUUUUUUAUGGGGUCCGCAUCCUCCACACUCGGGAACGGAACUACCAGGGAAUUGUGCAGUAUGCAGUAUCAUUAGUAGACGCUCUGCUUUUUGUCCACUACUUGGCUGUGGUGCUGCUGGAAUUGAGGCAACUUCAACCUCAGUUCACCAUCAAGGUAGUGAGGUCAACAGAUGGGGCCAGCAGAUUCUACAACAUUGGCCACCUAAGUAUUCAGCGAGUUGCCGUAUGGAUUUUGGAAAAUUAUUAUCACGACUUCCCUGUCUACAACCCUGCUCUCCUGAACCUGCCAAAAUCCAUCCUGUCCAAGAAAAUGUCUGGCUUCAAGGUCUACUCCCUUGGAGAGGAAAAUACCACCAAUAACUCUACUGGGCAGUCCCGAGCCGUCAUAGCUGCAGCCGCCAGGAGGAGAGACAACAGUCACAACGAAUACUACUACGAAGAAGCUGAACAUGAGCGCAGAGUGCGGAAACGGAAAGCCAGGUUGGUUGUGGCUGUGGAAGAAGCCUUCACACAUAUUAAACGACUUCAGGAAGAAGACCAGAAGAAUCCCCGUGAGAUUAUGGACCCCAGAGAGGCUGCUCAAGCAAUCUUCGCUUCCAUGGCUAGGGCCAUGCAGAAAUACCUCCGUACCACGAAACAGCAGCCAUACCACUCUAUGGAGAGCAUUCUCCAACAUCUAGAGUUCUGUAUCACCCACGAUAUGACACCAAAGGCUUUUCUUGAGCGUUACUUAGGACCUGGGCCAACUAUCCAGUAUCACAAGGACCGCUGGCUAGCUAAGCAGUGGACAUUGGUUAGUGAGGAGCCAGUAACCAAUGGUUUGAAAGAUGGUGUUGUGUUCGUCCUAAAGCGUCAAGACUUCAGUUUGGUGGUCAGCACCAAGAAGAUACCCUUCUUUAAGCUCUCUGAGGAAUUUGUAGACCCCAAGUCUCACAAGUUUGUAAUGAGGCUUCAAUCUGAGACUUCUGUUUGAAGUCCAGGACUUUCGUAACAGAUGGAUAAAAUAUAAAGGAAAGGUGUUCUUACACACUACAAACUGCAAAGAAACUUUCUUGGGUGCCUGUACAUCUUUCCUUGGUGGAUUUUCCUUGGUAUCCACAGUUUGACUGCUCAGCAGAACCUCAACAUGCCUCCCUGUUGUUGUGCACCAUUCUCCAAUUACAAUAUGAUCCCACUCUGGAAUUGUCCAACGAUGGACCCAAACAAAAGUGCUAACUACUUUUUAUUUGAAACAGUAAUUUGAAUGCAAUCUUUCAGCUACCAGCAUGCUCAAUCAGUGUUUCAGGAGCCGUUUCCUACUGACAGUCUCCAGAAUUUGAGGACAAUCGUGCACAAGACUUUGGCCAACUUGUGCUCCAUUCUCUUAUUGGAUUAUCUCUGCAAUAAUUCCUAUUUGUUUCAAUGUCAGCUCAGACUCGUCAGGUUAUUGACUGCACCUACACUUUUGUAAACUGUUAGGGACCUGUUUAACACUCAUUUUUGUCAACCAAGGCCACAAAGGAUACAAGUAUCUGGUGCCAAAAUUCAAGGGCUAUCCAUCAAUAAUUUGUAUAUGAAACCUGUACUUUCCAAUCUUCCUGGUGCUGGCCAUAGAGGUCCUCUCCUUUUACCUUGACUCUCCAUAUAAAUUCUGUGCAGUGGCAUGUUGACAGAGUGCUAUAGCAGCUACUCGAACUCCAGAUGAAGUGGCUAAUUCCAGGGAAUGUACAGACACAAAAACCUUAACAAGAAAAUGGGGGUGGGGGUAGGGGGGGAAAGAAACUUGGGGUGGGAAACGUUUUCAUUGUGGGAUAUCAGCAGUUUUGUAUUUCCCGAAUUUUUUUUUUUUUUACAUUUUUUUUAUUCCCUCAAUAACCACUAACCUGUGGCGCUAUCAUUUAAAAAAAAAAAAGAAAAAAGGAUAAUCUUUUAUUUGUACAAAAAUGGUAACAUCAAUUUCCCAGAUAUCUACAGACACGUAUUGGUGAAGGCCCAUUUUUUUUUUUUUUAAUGUUGGUUUUUUUUUUUUUAAAUGGUUUCUAUUUCACAGACAAUGCCUUGUCAUGCUGGAUCGAGCCUCAUUUUACUUUUUUAUAGUCAACACAGACUUUGUAUUGUAAAACGAAGCCCGAGUUUUCUAGAGUUCGUAUUGCAUUCCUACGCAGUCGUAUGUUCUAUAUCGCCCUCCACUGGCCAGUUAAUAAUCUGAUUGUUACAUUCCAUUCCAUUGUCCCUCUCCAUCAAACUUUAACUCUAAAUGAUGCACUAACAACUUAUCUUCUGGUUUACAGUCUACAAUACACAGGUCUGAUUCUUUAUAUUGUUUUUAUAAGGGACACUGACUUUUUAUUUCCACUGACUUUUUUUUGUUAUCUAUGGUGUGCCAGACAUCUCAUCAAGAUCUGGGGAACCUAAACCCUUCCAUAUAAAAAUAUAACUUAUUUCCAGUCUAAAUGUAAAGCGAUAUAUUGUUGUAUAGUUAGUCCUUCAAGUUUCAUUAAUUGGGAUUGUGUUUACAGUCACUAAUCGGACAGCUCUAUUACCAACCUGUGAGGGAAGAGCGUUCUAGUCUAUGACCGGUUUGUUGUAAUUGACUCCAGAAAAAUCUAAUAACAAAGCAACCACCCGUGUCAUCGUAGGACCGUUUGGCCUAAAUAAGGUUUAUAUGGAAGGGUAUAUUUUCCGUUUAAAAGUUGCUCAAGCAUAUUUCUGUAUCGCUGUUCGGAUCAAACUUUUUUUAUUUUUUAUUUUUUAUU